GCAUUUUAGUCCGUUUGCCACAACAUAAGACUGUACUAUUGGGUGAUGAUAUCGAUAUCCUGCAGAUUAUGCCAAAGCUGGUUAACUCUAACCAAUUGAAUAAGAUUUAUGCGACUGCUUUAAUCAACAACGAAUCACUAAAAGUCAAGAGAUGUGCCGUCAAUGCAAUGUUUGUGACCGCAUAUAAUGCCGACGUUAAGGAUCAAUUGACGCCAUUAGCUAAGGGUUGUCUGCCAGUCCUCUGCUCCCAACUCGACACCGAUGACAAAGAGUACCUGAAUUUAGUUUUGCUAACAAUCUUCGGUUUCCUGUUUUGGGAAUUUAAGGCAUUACCCGACAAAGAGAAAAAGUUGUUGACCUCGAAGGGCACUCUGUCGCCAUUUGCGGUGAUAAUCCAAGACUGCGAUGGCUUACAACGAUUGAAUCAAAUAAAUGGUCACCGACAGGACAAAGAGUCUAAAAAUAAGUACCAUAUGCCGACACAAGGGGAACGGCGGGUCGAGAAGAUACUGGCGCUGGCCUUUCACGUGGAGACCCGACCCCUGGAGGGACCAUGGAUGAUGUUAGUUGAUAGUCUUGUUGGUCAUAGUUGU